GAGUGGCGGCGACGCCAGUCGCGGGUCUCGGCGUUGGAGGGUGAGGAGCUCUGUUUGGUUUCCAUAGGAACGGGUUGCGGCCUAGACCGGCACGAACCAAAGACAGGACGAUGUCCGAGUGGAGCUGGACCACUGAGUACGCUUACAAGCUGCCCGCCGCCACCAUGUGCGAAUUCUGCACGGUGAUGGACUCGCUGGGCAGUGGCGACUGGAACCGCUUCGCUUCCUCCCUUGUCAGUGAUGUGACUGAACUUCGAUUGCUGGAGAGCAGAGGGGAACGCGGCCGGACACAGAACGUCAUGUGGUACUGGAUGAACCGUAAUGGGACUGUGGGACAGCUGCUGCACGUUCUCACCAGUCUAAACCUCUGCCGAGCCAGGGACAUUAUCCUGUCAGGGAGGCCGACUGUGAGUUCGCUGCCUCUUCCGCCGCUGCCUCCCAGCGUGGCGCCCCCCAGGAUGGACCGGUACACCCAGAGACGGCCCCCAGAGCCAUUACCGGGGCCUAGCCGUGCGCCGAGCAACUGGUCAGACCCUAGGAAGAGCCAGCACUGUAGCUUGAGCAAACAAGAGACAAUGACCAUCAACACACCCCUGCCGAAACCGGUGUUACCACGUCCGCCCACACCUCCCAACAGCUUGCUUACGGACGUCAGCCAGUCCAGUUUCACUAGAAAGGACAGUUUGAACAAGGUGCCUGCUUCAUGUUCAAUGCCCUCCUCUGCCAUGACCAAGCCCGUGUUCUCUUGGCCGCUCCACGAGCUCAGAGCUGGUACCUGUAACUUUGCAGACAGGCGGAAGAUAGGUGAAGGAGGGUUCGGCUGUGUGUACCGGGCAUCGAUGCGCCACACAGAGUAUGCCGUGAAGAGACUGAAGGAGGAUUCUGAUUUGGAUUGGAAGACUGUAAGAGCGAGUUUUCACACAGAACUGGAGAAGCUGUACCAGUACCGACACCCAAACAUCGUGGAUUUGGCUGGCGGCUGUGUGCAGGAUGGUGUGUACUGCCUGGUGUAUGUUUACAUGCCCAACGGAUCGCUGCAGGACCGUCUGCAGUGCCAGGACGGCACUGCUCCGCUGCUGUGGCCGAGGCGACUGGAUGUGGCUUUAGGAACUGCUCGCGCGAUCCAGUUCCUGCACUCAAGCAAGCCCAGCCUCAUACAUGGUGACGUCAAGAGUUCCAACAUCCUCCUGGAUGAAAAUUUUGUUCCGAAGCUUGGCGACUUUGGGCUGGCGCGGUUCAGCCGAUACUCCAGUAAUACUGGUAAAAGCUGUACCGUGGCAAAGACACAACCCCUGCAGGGAACCCUGGCAUACCUUCCUGACGAAUACAUCAAGAGCGGGCAGCUGUCUGUGGAAUUGGACACCUACAGCUUUGGAGUGGUCCUGUUGGAGAUCCUGACUGGACGCAAAGCCCUGGAGAGUGAUGGAUCAGCUAGCUCCAAGUACCUGAAGGAUCUUGUCGAGGAGGAUGACGGUGAGGCUGAGGGGCAGAGCAUGCGGGCCGCCACUCGGAUCUGCCGCAGCCAGCUGGACAGGAAGGCAGGAGAGUGCCCAGGCCACCUGCCCCUGCAGCUCUGCUCUCUGGCCUGUCAGUGCCUGGAGCGCUGGAGAAGGAGGAGACCGAAAAUGACCAAGGUUUACGAACAGCUGAAGGCUCUAAAGAAUCUUGGCCAGGCCUCGGGCCCAACUGGAAGUCUGCCUGAUGCUGCCGGCUGUUGGCUCGGUGGGGGGCCAGAGCCCGCGGACGUCCUGGCCGACAGAUUGCGAAGCACCUCACUCAGUCCUGUGGAGGACACGUACAGAUUCGGCUCGCAGUUACACCAGCCACUGCCUCCCAGCUGUUGGCAGACCCACCCCGGAGCCUCCAUGUACCCAUUGCGGGCGAAGUAUGGACCCAGUGACUCUUACCCAGUGGAUUCCCUCUCCUCCUGCAGCAGCCUAUGCCAGCCUGUAGAGAGUGACGAAAGCUCCAUCGAUGCUGGAGGUGGUGUCAACAGCUUUCCGCCUCGACUCGGUUUUGACAGCCCCAGUGGUGGUUCCCGGUGGGACUGUGGUAACAGAUCGUCAGUAACAGCUUACACUCCCCUGACUCUGCACAAGGACACUCAGUGCCUGGCACCAAGCAACCAACCCGGAUUAUCCCGACCAGAGGCUGUCAGAGACUCGAGGAGAUCUGCAGCCUUUUCUGUCUCGGACUCUUCUCAAGAUUCGUCAGGCCCCAGCCACCAGAUUGUUAUGAACCCAGCGAAGCAGAGAAUACUGGAGCAGCUUGCACUUUAUAACGCGGGACAGAUUGACAGCAGUGAGCUGCUGUGCUCCGCCUCUGGGCCUGCUGACUGGUUGAGUCUUGAACGGCGAGCUCCAGAGGAGAGUGAUGAGUUUGACUGAAAGAGGAUGGGGGGAGCAGGGUUGGUUUUAUCAGUAAGCCACCCUCCCACAGGAUCCUGCACCACGGUCAAGUCAUGACAUCGCCUCUGCACCCUCCCCCACGCCAUCGCUUGUCCGACGUGGUCACAGGUCCUGCUUCAGUAUCCAGUGCCAUCGCCCGUUGACAACAGACGCCUUCGAAGACCAGGGAGGGGAGAAAGCAGAUCAUGCCAUGUUCUCAGGGUACAGAGGCUGGUAACAAAGGAGCAAGGCUUCACUUUCCCCCAUCGUGUGGUCACCCUCGCCACCCUGUCUCACAGCGAGAAGCUCUGAGUUCAUGAGGUUUCAGCCUAGCUCCAGUGAACCACGCCG